AUGGAUCUCCGAUACCAACCACAGAACCCCAAGAAUGAGCGCAGAUUACGGUUGAACAACAUAAAGCAACUGUCCACAACUGCCUUGGCCUUGGGGGUAGAGCGUACCCGGAAUGAGCUGCUCCCACUUCUGACUGACACCAUUUUCGUUGAAGACGAGGCACUGCUGGCAUUAGCGGAGCAACUAGGGAGCUUCACGGUGCUCGUUGGCGGACCGGAGUAUGUUCACUGUUUGCUGCCUCCCUUGGAGAACCUGGCAACGGUGGAAAAAUCGGUAGUACGAGAUAAAGCCAUCGAUUCACUGCGAGCCAUCUCCCACGAGCACUCUCCUGCAGACCUAGAAGUCCACUUUGUGCCACUGGUCAAGCGCCUGACUUGUGGUGACUGGUUCACGUCCAGGACUUCGGCAUGCAGCCUUUUCAGUGUCUGCUACCCUCGGGUAUCCAGCUCUGUAAAGGCCGAGCUGCGUCAACUUUUCCACAGCUUGUGCUCAGAUGACACACCAGUGGUCCGCCAGGCAGCAGCAUCAAAGUUGGGUGAAUUUGCAAAGGUUCGGGAGCUGGAGUUCUUGAAAAGUGACAUUAUACCCAUCUUCACUUCCCUGGCUUCUGAUGAGCAGGAUUCGGUGAGGCUGUUGGCAGUUGAGGCUUGUGUGAGCAUAGCCCAGCUGCUGCCCCAGGAAGACCUGGAAGCGUUUGUGAUGCCGACCCUCCGGCAGGCAGUGGACGAUAAAUCCUGGCGUGUUCGCUAUGUGGUGGCAGACAAAUUUUCUGAAGAACUUGUGUCUGACACCAAUCAACACGUGAAGUCAGCUCUGGCCUCUGUUAUUAUGGGCUUGUCCACCAUCCUGGGCAAGGACAGCACUGUUGAGCACCUGCUUCCCCUGUUCUUGGCUCAGCUCAAAGAUAAGUGCCCUGAGGUCCGUUUGAACAUUAUCUCCAAUCUGGACUGCGUGAAUGAAGUUAUUGGAAUUCGCCAGUUAUUACAGUCUCUCCUGCCAGCCAUUGCAGAAUUAGCAGAAGAUGCCAAAUGGAGAGUGCGCCUUGCGAUAAUCGAGUACAUGCCUCUGCUUGCAGGGCUGCUGGGAGUGGAGUUUUUUGAUGAGAAGUUGAACUCCUUGUGCAUGACGUGGCUGGUGGAUCACGUGUACGCCAUUCGCGAGGCCGCGACCAACAACUUGACCAAGUUGGUGGAGAAGUUUGGCAAAGACUCGGCAGAAUCCACCAUUGUGCCGAAAGUACUUGCCAUGGCCAGUGACCCCAACUACCAUCACAGAAUGACCACCGUCUUCUGCAUUAACGUGAGAAUGGCUUUGACAAUGUACUUGCCAUGGCCAGUGACCCCGACUACCUUCACAGAAUGACCACCCUCUUCUGCAUUAACGUGAGAAUGGCUUUCACAAUGUACUUGCCCAUGGCCAGUGACCCCGACUACCAUUGCAGAAUGACCACCUUGUUCUGCAUUAACAUGAGUAUGCAUUUGACAAUACUUUCAUUACACUUCACAAGCUGCUAAAAUAUUUCAUGAAUAAAAUGUACAGUUAG